AUGAUCAACUGGAGGGACAUCAAUUAUUUCCAAUACCAUUAUUACCAUCCGUACAUUAACAGUUUCCGGAAUAACGAUGAGAUCCGGAUUCCGGUCAACAGUCAGGACUUGUACACAGCCCCGGGUUUCUCCAAACUCUACGUGGAAGGCACCGUCAAAUACUCGCCGAAGACUGCCGGAGCUUCUGCCGAUACUACGACUAACGUCACUUUAACGAACAACUGCAUCGCGUUCCUGUUCGAUCAGAUCCGCUACGAAGUGAACGGGAAAGAAAUCGAUCGCACACGUCACACCGGGAUCACGAGUACGGCCCGUGUCCUACUCACUCGAACCAAGGACGAAGCGUCCGCCCAGGAAAUCGGCGGUUGGGAGGGUCUCUCCAUCGAGAAGGAAGACGGGUCGUUUUGCGCUCUGAUCCCACUCGAUUUGCUGUUGGGCUUCUUCGACGAUUUCAAAGGGACCCUCCUCCGCAUCAAACAAGAGCUGAUCCUCAUCCGUUCUCGGAGCGACAAGAACGCCUAUUCCAUCGGUGCUCAAGCCGAGACCGAUGCGGUCAGUAUCGAACUGCUCAAGGUACAGUGGCGUGUCCCGCAAAUCAAAUUUAAUCUGGGUCCUGAGAAGACCAUCCUGGAUCAGAUCAAGAGCAACGUGAGCUUCCAGAUCCCUUUCCGCAGCUGGGAGACCCACGAGUAUCCGCAACUUCCGAGUAACAACAAAGAGACCUGGAAGCUAAUGACGACCAGCAACGUGGAGGCGCCGACCUACAUCAUCGUGCUGUUUCAAACCUCCAGGAUGGACAACGAGAAGACGGAUGCCAGCAAGUUCGACCACAUCAGACUCCGCUCCAUCAAAGUUCAUCUGAACAGCACCGCCCUACCUUACGAGAACUUGAACGAGGAUUUUCAACGGAACAGGUUCUUACAUUUCUAUCAGAACUAUCUCAACUUCAUCCCUGAUUACUUCGACGGAGAAAAAUUGUGCGAGCCGCCGUUGAAUAAAUUGAAAUUCAAGGAUGAGAAUCCCAUGUUCGUGAUGAGGUGUUUGUAUCAAGAUAUUUUGAAGCCUGGUCCUUUGGACAUUCAGAUAGAUAUGGAGGCUGAUGUAAAUUUCCCUAAGAACACUACAGCUUACGCUAUUCUUAUCCAUGAUGUAGUAUUCGCAUAUCAAUCUCUCACCGGUACGGUCAAACGUAUUCGCUGA